GUGGUUUCGGAUGGCCUUUGCAGCUAUCUUCGUUGUGCACACCCUUUGGCACAUGGUGCAGGGCAUCUGGAUUGAUGGCGAAGCAGGCUUUUACUUCAUCUACUUUGCCCGCCACUCCCUGAUUUUGCAGACGGUGGACAUGCUCCUGCUGUUUUAUCUUUCCGUGAAAGGGAAGGACAAAGCGCAGGAGCUGGAUGAGUCGGCAAGUUCCACCCCGUGUCUUGCGCGGGCAGCAGUGGUCAUAUCAUCACUCUCUGUUCCACUGUCCCUUGCGGUUGUUUGUGCCCAUUGGGUUUUCAUCAACCCAGUUUGGGAUUUGAAGCAAGCGCCAGAUUACCUGGAGAUUUACGCUCAUUUCAUCAACUGCGUACUCUUACUGGUCAGCCUCUUUGUCAGCCGUGUGCCAUUUUCAUGGAAACAUGGUGGGUGGCUUGCCAUUUAUGCUGCGCUCUACUUGGUGUGGACAUACAUUGACCACAGCUUGCGAAUUGGCAUCCGGACCCAGUGCUACGGUGGCAACUGUGACUGCAUCAUCUGCCCGAUGCACGCGGUCCUAAACUGGGACAAGGAGGGGACUGCAGUGGCAGGCACCCUGGUGGUAGGCGUGGGCGUGCUCGUCGUGGUCAUCACCUGUGGCUUCCUCGUGCGGCAGAGGGAUCGCCUGGACACCCAGGAAGACUUAAAGGAAUGGGACAAAAAGAAGCAAGAGCAGCUGCUGCUCAUGCAGCAGGCGGAAGAGGAGGAG